AUGAAUAUGCUUGUAUCUACUCUGGCCGUUUCGGCCUCCCUUAUUGGCCUUGCAAAGGCUACCGUUCAAGGAUUCGAUAUCAGCAGCUACCAACCCAGCGUCGACUUCAGUGCCGCGUACAGCUCCGGUGCCAGAUUCGUUAUCAUUAAGGCAACCGAAGGCACUGACUACAUUGACUCGACCUUCUCUAGCCACUACACCGGCGCCACAAACGCCGGCUUCAUCCGCGGCGGUUACCAUUUCGCACACCCGGACAGCAGCUCCGGCGCAACUCAAGCAAAAUACUUCAUCGCCCACGGCGGCGGCUGGUCCGGCGACGGAAUCACUCUGCCCGGUAUGCUAGAUAUCGAAUACAACCCCAGCGGCGCAACCUGUUAUGGUCUCUCGGCCAGCGCGAUGGUGAGCUGGAUCAGUGACUUUGUCAAUACCUACCAUUCCUCGGAGGGUGUUUAUCCUUUAAUUUAUACCACGAAUGAUUGGUGGACGACCUGUACUGGUGACUCGACGGCGUUUAGUUCCACUUGUCCCUUGGUGUUGGCCAGGUAUGGUAGUUCUGCAGGAACCAUUCCUGGUAACUGGGGUUACGAGACUAUUUGGCAGAAUGCAGAUAGUUAUACGUAUGGUGGUGAUUCGGAUAUUUUCAAUGGUGGUUUGUCCCAGCUCAAGGCUAUUGCGAGCGGUUAG